UGAAAAGAAUCAGAGAAAUUUGGCCCUUAAACAGUGAAAAGGUUGGUCACAUUUCAUCUCUCGUCUGUGUGCAGAAAGGCUUAAGAUUUCACAGUGAUGAGUGGGGACAUACUGUAAAAGCUCAGUAAUCUUAACAGGAAAUUGGCCGCUCAGUGCUUUAUAAGUAAUCAGCUGGGUUUUGAAAACAACUCUAAAACCCACAGAGAGCCAGUGCAAAUUGUGUUGGGAUAUAUGAUCUCUCUUCGUUUGUUCUUGCCAAAUCUACCCUCAGCAUUCUGUCUGUGCUCCAUAUUCAGCAGGAAGUUAAUAAUAGGAUAAUAAUACUACAGUAAAUGAGAAAAGUAAUCACAGAUUUUAGUAUUAUUUUACCACCCAUAGUAGCUUAAUUUUGAUUCAUAUCGGAUGUUAAUUCUUAAGAGUUUAAAACUCAGUGUGAUUCAGUGAGUUGCUAGCAGCUUUUUCUGAUCAUAAACAUAAACACAGGCUUCUUUCCAGGAUAUUUUAUUUUAUUUUAGGUUUGUUUUUUGUUUUUUUCUACUGCACAAUUGUCUGAGAGGCUGGCUGCAUUUCGGUGUGUUUUUUUCCAAUAUUCUCUUUGCUCUGGUAGGUGUUUGUACAAAGACUGACGAUGCUGCUUUUGUGGCAUACUUUACAUUGAUAUUUUGAAAUGUAUUCAGGAUGUUAAUGACUAAUUGAUUAAUCAGCAUUUAGAAUUUAACCAAUUCAAAAUGUGUUAAUAACUGAUUAUCCGAGACAAGUAUCUUGUGACAAGUUACGAAUACUUACUCUAAUCCUAAACCCGAGAGUGCUUGACAGGUAUUUCCUAAUCAAAUACAAAACACUGUUAUGGGAAAAUACUAGUGAUUUAUUUGUAAUUUACAAAAGAAAACAAUAUUACUAAUGAUUAAUCGAUAAUCUAUUGUUAUGGCAGCUGACAAUCUCUUGAAGAGUCACUACAAAUUGAAAACAGUCUAAAUCCACCUUUUCUUUUCAUUUCAUUCCCUUUCAUUUCAUUUCACGUUGACCUUUCAUUUCUCUACAAGAAGCCAUGAAAGGUCGUACAUUAACAACUUUAACAAUUUUCCCACAAUGUAAUGACACAUCAGUGAUUAUUGGUUAACUCUGUGUUGAUAGAAUUCCAUCUAAGGGCAAUUUAAUGUUCCGUGCAUGUUCAUGUUUAAUGGCUCUACCUAAUGGGUUUUAAAGAGCAAAGCUAACUCACCAGAUAACAAAUUAUGGACUCACUUGUGAAUUAUUGAAGCACUUACAUUUUUUCAAGAUUUGUCUAUUUUCUAUCUAUGUUUGUAUGUUUAGUCCAACAGAAAAAAACAGCAUACUAUUUCAUUUGUAUUUUCUCAGUUUGUGUAAUGUAAUCUGAUGUUCCUACACAUGACACCGUCUGCAACAUCAGCAAACUGCGACAGUCUGCUUUGUUAUGUCUGAGAAACAUUCAAAACACAUUUAUCACUUAUACAGUUUGGUGUCUUGCUGAUAUUCUCACCUUGACGAGCUUAUAUAGUGAGUGAUAUGUAGGAUUUUGCUCCGUGACGCUGACAGAACACAUGACUAAAAUUGAAGUCGGACCUAAAACCUUGUUAUUGCAGGUUAGAGACGAUACAAUUUGUCCGACAAGUUGUCUUUCACCACAAGCUGUUCUGUGUUGACUAACUAACCCUGACGCAGUACCUGUCCUAGCAUCUCUCUACUUUGAGGCCGUGUCUCCUGAGUCUUCCUUUCAGACAUCAGUCUCUCGGUCUCCUGUGAGCUGCCAUCUAAUCCUCCAGUCAUCUGAAUCCAGACCCUCAUCUCACCGAGGUCGGGAUGAAAGAGCAUCUCACCAGAGCCAAGGUCCGUCCGUGCGUGGCAGAAGGAAGGGGAGAAGGCCUUAGUGUGAAAUGUCAGUGCUUUUCCUGUGAAGCUAGACUCAUCAAAGGAGGAUUAGUGUUGGACUGAUGGCCUCGCUGGACAGGCAGACUCUGAUAGGGCAUUAGUAAAGUCUGUGUGUCCUGAUAAUGGAAUUGGCUGGGAAAUGGAAUCGUUUGGCCCUGCCUUCAUGCCGCUAGGUCUGAUACUGCUUGUCAACACCAUUGUUUCCUCACCCUCCUGUGGAGCCCCUAUCGAUGUCAGCGAAGGAAGACAGCUCUGCAGCAGCCAACCAACCCCUCAGCCGAAGCACUCAGCCCAGUGCAGCGGUGAGAGGUUACCACAGCAGCAAGGCAGCAGCCAUGAGUCCAAGCCUUGGCUCCAACUGGACCCCUGGUAGCGGUGGUGGUCAGGGGUCCAGGAGCUACCCUUCCGUCCCCCGUGCAAGUCUACAGAAUUACCUGUCCCAACAACAUCACCACCCUCAAUCCACGCACACGAGCUAUGCCUACUGCCCAGCCCAUACAGCUCAGCCCUAUGCUCCACCCCCUCAUCCCAUGGCUCCUCCCAGCCCGAGCACCAACAGCUGCAGCCAGGGAGGGGCGGAGCAGCUGAGUAAGACCAACCUGUAUAUCCGAGGCCUGCCACCUGGGACCACCGACCAGGACCUCAUCAAACUCUGCCAACCGUAUGGAAAAAUAGUGUCAACCAAGGCCAUUCUGGAUAAGAACACCAACCAGUGCAAAGGCUAUGGCUUUGUGGAUUUUGACAGCCCAGCUGCAGCACAAAAGGCCGUGUCGUCUCUCAAAGCCACUGGGGUGCAGGCCCAAAUGGCCAAGCAACAGGAGCAGGACCCCACCAACCUGUACAUCUCCAACCUGCCGGUGUCUAUGGACGAGCAGGAGCUGGAGAACAUGCUGAAGCCCCUGGGUCACGUCAUCUCCACGAGGAUACUGAGGGAUGCCAACGGGGUCAGCAGAGGCGUCGGCUUCGCCAGGAUGGAGUCCACAGAGAAGUGUGAAGUAGUGAUACAGCAUUUUAAUGGAAAAUACCUGAAAACCCCGCCAGGCAUUCCAGCUCCCACGGAGCCUUUGCUGUGCAAAUUUGCAGAUGGAGGGCAGAAGAAACGCCAGAGCCAGAGCAAGUACCCUCAGAACGGGAGGCCGUGGCACAGAGAAGGCGAGACUGGCAUGGCGUUAACAUAUGAUCCCGCAGCAAUGCAGAAUGGGUUCUACUCCUCGCCUUACAGCAUCGCCACCAACCGCAUGAUUGCACAGACCUCCAUCACGCCCUUCAUCGCUGCUUCCCCCGUUUCCACAUAUCAGGUCCAGAGUACGUCAUGGAUGCCUCAUCAACAAUAUGUUAUGCAACCUACAGGUGCAGUGAUCACGCCAGCUAUGGACCACACUAUGUCCAUGCAGCCUGCCAGCAUGAUGGGCCCUAUCACCCAGCAGAUGAACCAUCUGUCCCUGGGCACUACAGGAAGUUACAUGACUGCUGCAGCUGCCGCAGCGCCUAUGCAAGGGACCUACAUUCCCCAGUACACUCCUGUGCCUCCAACAGCCGUCCCUGUCGAAGGAGUGGUGACGGACGCCUCCCCCCAGACAGUGGCUCCCUCGUCACAGGAGGUGGCGGGCCAGCAGCAACAGAUCCAGGUGGACAGCGCUGCCGACCAUGUUCCUGCUUACUCAUACCAGUCAAAAUAGCAACGGCCUGAGCGAAUGUUCCUGUGACAGCGUUGCCUUGAGACAGAAGGUGGCUGCACUGUGAAUGUGAGGAAAAAAGAGAAAAAGAGAAAGAGAUUGCUUCCAGAUUGCCCAGGCACCAAAAAAGAGACACUUUUUUCAUUUCCUACCUGGCCUACGAGAAAAAAAAAAGAGAAAAAAAAACUCAAGACGGAGGUAAAGAGUGCUGAGGAAGGGGAUGUGGGGGAAAUUGCUGGGCACAGUGCAAAGAAGUGAAAUUGUUUAGUCUGGGAACCUGCCUGAAGGGGCUGGGCUGAAGCUUGAAAAGUUUCUCGAAGAAAUAUCUCAACCAGUAAAGAAAAAAAAAAGAAAAAAAAAACAAAGGAAAAAAAUGU